CAACUUUUGUUCUUCAAUCUACCACUCAAUCCACCCCGCGAUACCAUAUUUCAAUUUACGAGGAAACCGGCGAUUGACCAUCAAGUUUUAACUCUUACUUUUCAAGGCUAGGUACAGAGUGUAUUUACGUAUAAACGAAAUAAAAGUCUACGUUUUCUUUUGAUUGCUUGCCAAAUCUAGCGCGAUGGCUACUGUAGCUCCUCCACCCUCGAAACGACAACGAAGGGAAGCUCUAGAGCGUUCUCAGCUCCAGCAAGAUGUCACGCCUCCGGUCAUUGAAGCUGGCUCAUUCAAGGCGCGAUUUGUAGACAGCGAUGGAAACCAAUUAGCCGAGACGAUAGAAGUUCCCCUAGCCGAUGCGACUGAAAAGAAUGUCUCUUUACUUCUUAAUACUCUACUAGGAAGGGAACGUGAAGAGUUUACACCUUAUCGCUUUCGUAUACAUCUACCGAGCUCUGAUACGGUAAUUGAUAAUUACCCAACACCUGCCGAAUUCUUAGCUGUCCUCCGUAAACAUGGCAUUGAGAAUCCCUUCGAGACUACGAUUACCUUAUCCGCCGAACCCCAAGCCGUAUUUAAAGUACAAGCCGUGACGCGUAUGUCAAAUAAGAUCCCGGGGCAUGGAGAAGCUAUUUUAGCGGCUCAAUUUUCGCCCAAGACGAGUAGUCUUUUCGCGACUGGCUCGGGUGAUAGCACAGCAAGAAUAUGGAAUACAGACAGCGGUACGCCGAAGUAUACUCUUAAAGGUCAUUCAGGAUGGGUAUUAGCACUGGCAUGGCGCCCAGAUGGACAGAACCUAGCUACUGGUAGUAUGGACAAGACAGUCCGAAUAUGGGACGAAUCAGGACAAGCCGUUGGUAGACCAUUCAAUGGUCAUUCUAAAUGGAUCACGAGUAUCGCAUGGCAACCGUUUCACUUAUGGCGUGAUGAUACGCCGAAAUUAGCAAGUGCUAGUAAAGAUGCUACAAUACGAAUAUGGUUUGCGAAUACCGGCAUAACGGAGCAUGUUCUAUCAGGGCACAAAGGCAGUGUUAGCUGUGUUAGGUGGGGUGGAACGGAUCUGAUUUACAGUGCUAGCCAGGAUAAGACGAUCAAGGUAUGGAAUGCGAUCGACGGGACGCUUAAACAUACGUUGGCGUCGCAUGCCCAUUGGGUAAAUCAUCUUGCGCUGUCAACCGAUUUCGUGCUUCGAACAGCCUUCUAUGAUCACACGAAAAACGUACCCACGUCUACGGAGGAGAAGCGGGUAAAAGCGAAAGAGCGCUUUGAGAAGGCGGCGAAGCAACAAGGUAGGAUAGCGGAGCGGGUUAUCUCAGCCAGUGACGAUUUCACGAUAUAUCUCUGGGACCCGGAGCAAGGUACAAAACCUUUAGCACGACUUUUAGGGCAUCAGAAACAAGUUAAUCAUGUUUCGUUUUCCCCGGACGGGACAUUGAUUGCCAGCGCUGGAUGGGAUAAUCAUAUUAAGAUAUGGGGCCGUGACGGGAAAUUUCUCGCGACAUUGCGAGGCCAUGUUGCACCGGUAUACCAAUGUGCGUUCUCGGCCGAUUCGCGUUUACUUUGCUCUGGAUCGAGGGAUACUACUUUGAAGGUGUGGGAUAUGCGGUCCUUCAAGAUGUCAGUUGAUUUACCCGGUCAUGAAGAUGAGGUAUAUGCGUUAGAUUGGUCGUUGGACGGCCGGCUCGUCGGGUCCGGGGGGAAGGACAAAGCCGUUCGGCUCUGGCGUAAUUGAUUGGGAUUAAUGUUGUUACAGCUGAGCCGAAAGAUAAGCUCAGUGCCGAGUCCCACAACAUCAAAGAUUGACCACUCUGGCCACUAGGAUUACAUUGGCCUUCUGAUGCUAAUUCUCGUAAAAUGGUAAUAUGGGAAACUUCACAUCACGGUGACGGAAUGGAACCUUGAAGAAAUGGGCACGUGGAAGCAUAUGCAUAAUGCCCGGGACAAAAUCGGGUCCACAUAAUGUGACUUUAACUUUGGCUAGUUAUUAAUCUACACGUAUGUAUGUAACUCGUUCCCCAGCGGUGGGCAUCAAUUCAAAGUUUAAACGAUCCAACCAGAU